UAUCACUGUUAAGGUUAUCAUCAAGUGGGGCUAAAUUCCCCUAAAAUAAAAAAUUCCCAUGUUUCAAUAAUAAGGUCAUCAUCAAGUGGGGCAUCACUUAAGUACAUCUAAAAUCGCGUAUAAAUAGGCUUGGUAAUCCAGCAACUGAGAUCAGUUGAUUUCAAACAUGAAAAGUCUUCAGUUUUCUCUGUUUCUAGUCAUAUAUAUGACUUUAAUGGGAGUUCUUCUGGGCGAGGCAAGGAUUUGCUGGCCACCACCGCCAUUCGAAGACUAUUCAGAAAAUUGGAAUUAUCCAAAUAAUAAGUGUAAUAACCCUUAUGUAAUUUGAAUCCAAUAAUACAAUAAAACUGUUAUUGUAUCAAAACUCUUAGCAUAACUGAAUUUUAUAAUUUCUAGAAUGUUGUGAAUCCUUUUUUGUGAGUCCUAGACAAGCACAAUUUAUAGGAGCCACUGUCAGCCAACAAGGCCACCCAUCCACAUCCUUUUCUCCACCGCGGCUUGCUGGAGUG